CUCCGCAAAGCGGCUGUGCAAAUUUUUAAACCACACUCUGCAAUUUUUGCUCAAAAUGAAAUGGACGAUUGCCAAGAAGUCCUACCCGUGAUUGAAAUACGGGAGAAUCUACAGCAAGCACCUACUUCUAGCGAGGCAAUCGAAGAAGAAAUUAUACCUAUGCAUAAAACGAAGUGCAAUUUUCAGCCAACACCUAGCGAUAGCGAGGUGAAAGGCGAAAAAGAUGACUCAAGCAUAGAUCAGAACCUCUGCACCAAGUUUAAAGAUUGGAGUAGUGAAAAAUGGGCAAUGCUAAAGGCUCCAGUGGGGCAGGUUGACCUUGCAACAGAUAUAUACACCACCUGCAAAUUCUAUAUAAACUUUCGUUUUGCUCGGUUGAUCACUAUACAGCCUGGGGCUGCAGACAAAACAAAGGAGAAAAAUGACUGGUCGUCAAAUGACCUUCACGCUACGAGUAGUACCUUCUCUCUUGAUCUUCACCGAGUGCUACUUGGAAUCAAUUCCGCAGUUUCUGACAAAGUCCUUCUAUUUGCUGACCUCGCCUACUGGCGACGCUAUAUCCUCACCAUAUUCUCGUCCCUGUCCUCCUUGCUCGCGCUAUCCUGGGCAUCUUCCGGCCUUUGGUUCGCAGUCCGAGAUCACAUGUACUACCCUUCCCCAUGCGAAUUCUUCCAGCUAUCCUCUCUGCUCUACUUCCUAUGCAAUGUCUUCAUGCUCUCCGGACGCCUACUGGCCCUCAGUUAUUUUGCGGCGUUGAUCGGACUCAUGCCCCUGGUCUAUGUUGUACUAGCCCAGGCUUGUAUGGCUAUACUUACCGACCUGCUUGUAAACUGGGGCCACGCAGCUAGGUCCGAGCAGUCAAAGGAGAACGUCGUCUCGCGACUGUUGGAAACUUGCAGCCUCGUGUUUGAUGUUCCAUUCUCCAUAACCUUCAUGAGCGGUCCUGCACGUAAAGGCUGCUACUGCUUGUGGUUCUUUGAAACGCUGUUUCUGGUCGUAUUCUCAUUUUGUUGGCCCAGUCAACGGCAGGAGCAUACUGCCACAAACGCGACGUUAACCGUGCUGGAGACCAGUUCAGAUCUAAAGAGCUUCCUGUUGGCCCUUGUCCUCGAUCAGAAUAUCUGCGAGUUUUCUGCAAUGCUGGAAGCGAAUUGGAACGUAAUGGGGGACCUUGAGUUGCUACCUGAGGUUUUCAGUAAGGUAUGUUAA